AUGUUAGGUAAGCCAUUUGGUUAUGUGCUAGGUCAGCCACUUGAGCACCGUGUGGGAGAUGUAGAGCGUGGCGAUGACCCAGAGUGCUGCGAGGCAGAGGAGGAAGGGCAUACGGAUGCAGUAGAGGAGCUCGUCGAUCUGGCGGAAAAGGUUGGCGAAGUGGUUGGAGUGGACGACUUGGCUGAGCUGCGUGCGGAAAUUACGGCAAUAUUUUCUGUUAUUGCCGUGCAAGGCUCUCGUGUUUCCAAAUGUAAAUCCGUAUGCGUGAAACGUCGGCAGGACGCCGUGACAGCUCACCAGUGCCUUGCACUUGCAGUUGAGGUCGACGCCAUGUUGGCCCGGUCUGCAGGGACACGUCGAGCACCCGGAGCUUGCGCAGUCAAUGUCUUGAAAGGCGUUGAGCAGUUGCUCGAGCAGGUACCAGAAUCGCCAUGCGGUGUAUAUGACCCACGACAAAUAUACCUCCGCGUGCUUCUCGGGGAAGGUGUGGUAGGCGUGGAAGGAGAGCGGUUGGAGGUAGGGGCGCAGGUCAGUGAGUCGGCGCACCGCGACCGGACGGUGAGACUCGACAGGUCCGAGUGGGUGGCCUGUAAGGUGUUAGUGGCAGCGUCCGUUGGGGAUGCGCCACUGUGGUCGUCGGGGGAGUGGUGUAGCCUGGUGAGGGCGUUGGUCAAUUGCGCCGCCUGA